CACUUUACACAGUUCACACAAAUGCAUAUAUAUAUAGCCCUUCCUUUCCGAUUCUUGAACUUCCAUAAAGUAUAGCUCAGACAUUCAUUACUCUCUCUCUCUCUCUCAAAUUGCUUUUUUAUAAUAGAAAGAAAAUGGCAAGCCAAGGUAAAGAAGGAUAUGGAGUUUUGGAACAGAGGAUUGACUGUGAAUUCAAGGUGGUGCUGAUAGGAGACUUUGAGGUUGGGAAGUGUCAGAUACUAGCACGUUGCGAACGCAAAGAGUCCAAGACUGGUAUUGCCGUUACUGUCAAGUACGAGACCCAAACCCUUCACAUCGAGAAAAAGAGUGUCAAGGCCCACAUCUGGGGCAUCAUUCGCCAAGAACGAAACAAUGUAGAUUCAAAUGCGGCUUACAAGGAUGCUGAUGGGGUAAUACUGGUUUACGACAUAACUAACCGCAAGAGUUUUGAUUGCAUGACUCUUUGCCUAGAAGAGUUGCAUCGCCAUGCAAAGAAGAGACAAGCUAUCAUUCUGAUAGGGAACAAAAGUGAUUCAGAGAAUGAUCGUGAAGUUCUAAGAAAGGAAGCUUGUGGAUUUGCUGAGAAGAACGGUCUGAUUUUCUGGGAGAUCCCGGCAUUGGAAGGAACUGAUUUUGAUAAUGCCUUAAAGGAUUUGUUGACAAACCUUGUGAACCUUAACAGCAAUAAUGCCACCAUUAAUACCACUAAUACCACCAACAGCAAUAAUACCACCACCAGUACCACCACACAUACCACCACCAGUGAUAAUAUCACCGCCACUAGUACCACCACUAGCACCACCGGAAAUAAUACCACCAAUACCACCACCAAUAGCCACAAUAAUAACAACACCAAUCAGGCAACAACAAUUGGAAUUUGGGCAAUAUCAAUGGUGAUAGUUUUUGCAGAAGCAAUAUAAAACAAAAUUUAUAUUUUUAUUUGAAGAUUGUUGUACCACACAACCAUAGGUUCUAAAUAUAACAAAACUACGUACCUCUUAGGACGAAAUUCAAGUAUAUAUAUAUAUAUAUAUAUAAACCAGUGUACGAGUGUCUCAUUUUUCUUCCCAAUUCGAUGCACCCAGCUGAUACCUUGUGCUUCUGCUGCUAGAUUCAGUAGCGGUUCUACUAAGACAACGUGCUGUGCUUCUAAAAGAUUGAGGCCAUUGGCUCCAUGCUGGAUUAGGAUCAAUAACACUUGCAAAUUUUUUGAUGGUGGUUGCUGGGCAUUCACUUUUAUAUUUUCCAUUGAAUUGUUCU